GAGCAAGAGAGAGAGGACACCUGAACACCAGCCAGUUAAAUCUAAUUAAACCUCACUGAGCGUGCCUCAGCGUGCUACUUGGUUCACCAGAGACUUUAUUAAUUUGCACUACUAAUUUGCCCUAUGCCAUUUCUAUGGGAACAUUUUCUUCCAUCUGAGUCCUUCUCCACCUAAACCUGGAAAAAGACACAGAAAUCACCCUCUAAACCAACAAGAGCAAUGCCAUCCCUCACAUAAUUUACUUGAGUGACUGUUUUUAAUCUUUUUUUAUCAUCCCCUGACUUCUAAGAUGGGCGACACAAACUACUGGGUUGUGGACUAUGAGCUGUCGUCCCCUGCUCCGCCCAGCUUCCCCAGGGCCCCAACAGUCCUGCAGCCUGUGGUAGGGCAUGCCGAGCAGGGCACAGCCCUAUGUUUUGUGGGCCUCCUGGUGCUCCUGCUGCUCUUCCUUCUUGUGCGUUGUGUCCGUAUCUUACUGGACCCUUACAGCAGCAUGCCUGCAUCGUCAUGGACGGACCACAAGGAGGGGCCAGACCGGGGACAGUUUGAUUAUGCAUUGGUGUAG